GAGUUGGCAGCCAGGAAAUGCCCUGGAGUGUGUGUCACCUGUCCAGGACGACUUGUUGAUUCCCAGGAGCGCCGCCUUUCCGGUCUGGGUCCCCGAGAGGACUGCUUUGCUCACCUGUCCCCUCGGCACGGCCCCAGGGAGCUCCCGACAAGCCCCCGGAAUCGCUCUCCCUCCCAACUCCACAGCAAUGAGCAAGUUGGGCAAGUUCUUUAAAGGGGGCGGCUCUUCUAAGAGCCGAGCCGCUCCCAGUCCCCAGGAGGCCCUGGCCCGACUUCGGGAGACUGAGGAGAUGCUGGGCAAGAAACAAGAGUACCUGGAAAAUCGAAUCCAAAGAGAAAUCGCCCUGGCCAAGAAGCACGGCACGCAGAAUAAGCGAGCUGCAUUACAGGCACUAAAGAGAAAGAAGAGGUUCGAGAAACAGCUCACUCAGAUUGAUGGCACACUGUCUACCAUUGAGUUCCAGAGAGAAGCCCUGGAGAACUCACACACCAACACUGAGGUGUUGAGGAACAUGGGCUUUGCAGCAAAAGCGAUGAAAUCAGUUCAUGAAAACAUGGAUCUGAACAAAAUAGAUGAUUUGAUGCAAGAGAUCACAGAGCAACAGGAUAUCGCCCAAGAAAUCUCAGAAGCGUUUUCUCAACGGGUUGGAUUUGGUGAUGACUUUGAUGAGGAUGAGCUGAUGGCAGAACUUGAAGAAUUGGAACAGGAGGAAUUAAAUAAGAAGAUGACAAAUAUCCACCUUCCAAAUGUGCCUUCCUCUUCUCUCCCAGCACAGCCAGAUAGAAAAGCAGGCAUGUCCUCCACUGCACGUCGAUCCCGAGCAGCAUCUUCCCGGAGGGCAGAAGAAGAGGAUGAUGAUAUCAAACAAUUGGCAGCUUGGGCUACCUAAACUAAAAUGCAUUUUUUGAUACGUAAAAUAAUGAGCUAUAGAUAAAAUACAAAAAAUGUUUUUGCCAAGUUCAGAAGUUAACAAAGACUCUGUUUUAUAAUUAUACUGAAUGAAUAAUUGUGUUUUAAGCCUCCUAAGUAAAAGUAAAAAACGAGUCAUUUGUAUACAUGUACUCAGUGAUGGAGGCUGGGCACGGUGUCUCACGCCUGUAAUCCCAGCACUUUGGGAGUCUGAGGCAGGUGGAUCACUUGAGUCUAGGAGUUCGAGUCCAGCCUGACCAACAUGAAGAAACCCCGUCUCUACUAAAAAUACAAAAAUUAGCUGGACAUGGUAGUGGGCACCUGUAAUCUCAGCUACUUGGGAGGCUGAGGCAGGAAAAUCGCUUGAGCCCAGGAGAUGGAAGUUGCAGUGAGCUGAGAUCACGCCACUGCACUCCAGACUGGGCAACAGAGAGAGACUCUGUCUCAAAAAAAAAAAAAAAAAAAAAAGAUGCAUUUAGUAGAACUGGGAAAAGUAACGUUAUUUCCUAUGCAAAUGAUGUGUAUCCAUGUACCCAUGGUAAAUGUAAAUAUACUGUGUCUCUUUUGGGAGCAACUUCUAGUAGAGGAGUCUUUCAUGAGUGUCUCUACAUAAGUAGUUUCACUUGAGUUUUGCAGUUUGAAAUCUUAAAGGAGCUUUAAUUGACAUUUAUUAUACCAAUUAAGCUUGGAAUGGGGCAAUAGAUGCAUUUCCCAAAAUGUCUGAAAGCACUAACAGCUUACAUUGCUGAGUGAGAAUCUCCUGGGUGUAGUUUAGCCACUUAGGGAUCUGCGUGAACACUCCCAGGCCUUUAUGAUGCUGUUAUGGCUUCAGUGUAUAAAUGCAUGAGUGUUGUUUCUGUUCUGUUUUAUGCUCUCUUGUAUAUUUAUUUACACUUUACAGAAUAUUCCUUGUAAAUACAUAAAAAUAUUGGCAAUUACAAGUGUAUAUUGAA